CAGGCAUUGUGCAAUCACAAGUUUCAUAAUUCAUUCAUAAGUCAUAACAGAGCUCCUUUCCUUUUCGCUGCUACCGGUCACAAACAAACCGAAGAGGGGACCUCUCUUUCUCUUCUCUUCUCUCCCAUUUGCUUAGCUGUGUUUGCUUGCUUGCUUGCUUAUUUUUCCCCUCUUUUUUUCAUUUUUCACUCUAAUCCAUAAUUCUAAACCCUUUCUCUUCUAAAUUCGAUCUCAAACACACACACACACACACGCACACUCAUGGACGCUCGCAAACAGAAAAAUGCAGGUUGGUUAUCAGUGCCACAGUUUGGGGAUUGGGAUCAAAAGGGUCAAGUACCUGAUUACUCACUUGAUUUUUCAAAAAUAAGGGAAACAAGGAAACAUAAUAAGUCAAAUAUUUCAAGAGCAAGUCUUGGCAAUGAUGAAGAGUUUAAUAUGGAUUCAAACUCCAGCAGUGUUAACACUACCCACAGCCAUAGCAGUGAUCAACAACACAUCCCUCGCUAUCAUCAAACACACUCUCCAACGACAAAGAAGAGCUUCUUCAGUUAUUUCAACUGUUGUGUGAAAGCCUAAUAUCUAUGGUCACACGUACAACCCUCCCUCAACAUUGUUUUCUGAAGAUUCUGGAUAGGGACACUUAUGCUUCUUUAGGGACAACUAUAUGCUGUUUACUCUGUUCUUGAUUUUAAAAUUAAGAGUAAAAAAACCAACUUUCUGUUUGU